AUGCCAGCACCUCGGAUCAUGAGACAUCAAGCGUCCAAGGUUUACAAGCAACUGCUCAGCUUAUCGGAUAAGUACCCAGACCCCAGCUACGACCUAGCUGGCCGGACUCGCGAAUGCUUUAGGGCAACGACGCGCCGAUUGGAGGCGAUCCAGGACGGCCCGGCCCGGGAAGAAGAGAUGGCCAAGUCAAUCGCGAAAGCCAUCUUCAUCCGGAAAGAGGUCGAAGCCCUGAUCUUCUUGAGUCGCUAUCGUGAACUGAAGAGGAGGUAUGGCGAUACUCGACACUCCAUCGAUUGA